AUGGCUGAUAAACCAACCAAGCACAAAAUCAAGAGCAAAAAGCAUAAACACCAGCAUCCAGACGACCCGGCGUCGGCAAAAUCCACCGCCGAGCUCUCCUUCAAGCCCUCCUCUGAUGUCAAGCCGCGGAGCGGCUAUGGUGAUUUUCGUGUUCGAAUUGGAGGGGCUGAGGGUGGCCGCGAAACGACUGUAGCCGGCGGAGAUGCCGCUAGUAGAGGUGAACUGGAGGCUGAUUUGGGGGAUGGCGAGUUGCGAGAUGGCACAGUUCAAGUUACGGAAGAGAUGGUGCGGAUAGUAGUGUACGCGGUGAGGAGAAUUGGCCUGUCCCGUCAAGUCCUAUUAUCGAAAGGCCGAGUUCCAGUGCAGCAGACCCCACCCUUUCUCGACUGCUCUCGCAGCUCUGAUUUGUCCGACACGACAGCGUCCGAUUACAAAAUUACAGCGACUGUGGUUUACACGCGCUUCGACUGCUCUAUAAGGUACAGCUUUAAAUGA